AUCCCACUGUUCCGGCGUGUUACUUUCCACCUGAUACGGGUUAUAAAGUUGCUAAAAAAUCCAUUUCGUUUUUAAAAUUGGUCAAAACAAGAACUGGAGCCUUGAAUCCAUAUGGUACGGACUUAUCACCGAUUAACGUACAAAUUUCAAAUUCCGACACAGUGCUCAAUGUGCGAAUUGGGACCGAAGGCAGAUACGAACCAACAAUACCGCUACCAAGAGCAUCCAUUCGCGCAAAACAACAGUAUUUUACGGUGGAAACGUCAUAUGAAUCCGAACUUUUCGUACUUCGGAUACAUCGUGCUAAGACAAGAAAACGUAUUUGGGAUACAUCCAUCGGUGGUUUGCUAUUUGCGGAUCAGUAUAUUCAAAUUGCAACAUUUCUGCCAACCGAUAAAAUUUAUGGAUUUGGUGAAAAUGUUCAUCUCAGCUUGAAGCAUGAAUUUUUCAACUAUACCACAUGGUCGAUGCUAGCAAGAGAUCAGCCACCUGAUCCCGCCAACAAGCAGCGAAAUUUAUAUGGUGUGCAUCCGUUUUACCUCGGCUUAGAAGGAGAUAAUAAGGCUCAUGGUGUACUCAUUUGGAACAGCAAUCCACAGGAAAUAACGACAGGGCCCGGACCGCAUCUUAUAUAUCGUACCAUAGGAGGAAUGCUUGACAUAACAUUUUUCGCGGGACCAACACCAGAAGAAGUCAUCCAGCAGUACCACAGUUACAUUGGUUUACCAUCCCUUCCUGCUUAUUUCGCACUUGGAUUCCAGUUUUGUCGAUAUGGGUACAAAAAUUUGUUGGAAAUGAAGGAAACAAUUGAGAGAAUUCGAAAUGCUAAAAUACCAAUCGAUGUUGCCUAUGCGGAUAUCGAUUACAUGGAACGAUACAAAGAUUUUACUAUCAGCGAGGUCGCAGUUCAAAUUGUGUGCACAAUAAUCGAUGAUUUCAAAAAAAAAAAAAAAAAUCACCGCAUUCCUACGAACUGUAUAGCGUUUUCAUACAGUUCACGUGAAGGAUCAUAUAGCAGUAUUUUAUUUAAGAAAUACUGGAGAGAUUUCAAAAGUUAUGCAGAUGAGCUACACAAGCAAAACAUGCACCUUAUCCUGAUUUUUGAUCCGGCCAUAGAAGUUGAUUAUCCGAGCUUCCAGCGAGCUCUUCAAAAAAACGUGAGUUUCAUAGAAUGGGAAAAUUAUGAACAGGUGCCACAUGAAAUUCAGGACAAGUAUUCACUAACCAAAGGUACAAAGGUAAGCCGUAAGAAGUACAUUUUUUCAACGAACAGUUCGGUUUGUUGA